AUGUCGAUGAUGUUCUGCAGACUUUCAUGGUCAAUGAGGAGUAUUCAACGAGAGGCUGCGCGUCGAUGGCACCAUACCAGUUUGACAACGGACCUAAUUGAGAACAUGGACAAGAAAGCAACGUGGGACAGAUUUUACACAGAAACUGGCGAUAAGAAUAAAUUUAAGAAUUUCGAAUGGUUCUUUGGUUUUGACUCUGUCCAAGAUUUCAUCCUACCUUUGCUGGACACACAGCCCAAAACCAACGCACCACUACACAUCCUGGAUAUGGGAUGUGGCACCUCUGCUUUAGGACCAUGUAUUUAUAGAGAUUCUCAAAGACAAGUGAAGGUCACGUGUGCAGACAUUUCGCCAGUGGCAGUGUGUCUAAUGCAGGAGCACGCCCAAAACUCGCCGGUUGAGUCAAAAAAUCCACAUUCAACCCUUGUUUUCCAAGAAUUGGACUGUGCAGAGUUAGAGGGACACUUUGGUCCCGGGAGCUUGGAUGUCAUUGUGGAUAAAGGUACAACAGACGCCUUGCUGCGGUCCAGGGAGGGACGAGCGAAAGCCGGACAGAUUGUAAGGCAGUGUUUGUGGGCAUUAAGACAUUCGGGGAGUCUCCUCCAGUUCUCAGACGAGGACCCUGACGCUCGUCUCCUUUGGCUGGAGAAGGAGAUCAGAAACGACGGUGGAGAGGUGCAGGCAGAUGUCUGGGUUCAGGAGAUUGGGGUGCUGAGAGGAAUUUGUUAUUUUUGCUAUCAGGUAACCCCUCACAAGACGGUGUGCUGACACUUUGGAGGACAUAAAGGGGAUCAUGUUAUUAUCUCAUUCCCAGGAACCAAAUGCA